ACAUCACUGCGCCGCUCUGCAAAGGGCUCCAGCAUGGUCCUCAGGCUUCUGCUCCUCCUUGGCGGGCUGCUUAGGGCCACCGAGACAGCACCCCGCUGUGAAACCGGCCAGGAGACCCUCGGUCAGUGCCAAACAGUACAGAAAGCCAAAUGUGUGGCCAUCGCCUUAAGUUCUUGCUCUGAUGUUGCCUACACCCACACGAUGUACCCUAACCUCCUGGAUCAGAAGGCUCGGGAGGUGAUCGAGUACAGCUCCGAGUACCUGCUCAUCAGUGUGCUGCACAACCUGCUGCAAGGCGAAUGCAACCCGGACCUGCGCCUGCUGGGCUGCUCGGUGCUGGCCCCGCGCUGCGACAAGGACAAGGUCAUCAAGCCCUGCAGGCACGUCUGUGAGCACCUGAAAAGAAACUGCCUCCACGCCUUCGAUGCCAUAGACAUGGCCUGGCCUUACUUCCUCGACUGCGACCGCUUCUUCGCCGGGGAGCAGGAGGGCUGCUUUGACCCGCUGGCAAAGCUGCGAGGAGAAGUGAAUGCUGAGGAAGAAUUGCCUUCAGACUUGCCAGCCACUUUUCUUCAGUUCAAGCACCAUUCCUAUUCCCAAAUGGUGAGCACGUUGAAGAAGACUGCUUCUAAGUGCUCCCACAUUGCAACAACGUACAGCAUAGGUCGCAGUUUCGAAGGGAAGGAUCUCUUCGUGAUUGAGUUUUCGACCAAGCCUGGACACCAUGAGCUGCUCAAGCCAGAAUUUAAAUACAUUGGCAAUAUGCAUGGAAAUGAAGUCGUGGGGAAAGAACUGCUGAUAUACCUCGCUCAGUACCUGUGCUCAGAGUAUCUUCUUGGGAACCCUCGCAUCCAGACCCUGAUUAAUAACACCAGAAUUCAUCUCCUGCCUUCCCUCAACCCUGAUGGCUACGAAUUGGCUGCAGAAGAGGGAGCUGGUUACAAUGGAUGGGUCAUUGGACGGCAAACGGCUCAGAACUUGGACCUGAACAGAAACUUCCCUGAUUUGACAUCUGAGGCUUACAGAAGAGCCGAGAUCCGUGGGGCCCGCCUCGACCACAUCCCCAUUCCACAAUCCUACUGGUGGGGUAAGGUUGCCCCUGAGACAAAAGCAGUCAUGAAGUGGUUGAGAUCUAUCCCGUUCGUGCUCUCUGCCAGCCUCCAUGGGGGUGAGCUGGUUGUGACUUAUCCUUAUGACUACUCCAGACAUCCUAUGGAGGAAAAAAUGUUCUCCCCUACACCUGAUGAGAAGGUGUUUAAAAUGCUGGCCAGAGCCUACGCAGAUGCACACCCUGUCAUCUCGGACCGCUCCGAACUCCGCUGCGGGGGCAACUUUGUAAAACGUGGAGGUAUUAUAAAUGGUGCUGAGUGGUACAGCUUCACUGGAGGUAUGGCAGAUUUUAAUUACCUUCACACAAACUGCUUCGAAGUGACCGUGGAGGUAGGAUGUGAAAAGUUUCCCUUGGAAGAAGAGCUCUUUACAAUCUGGCAUGAAAACAGAGGUGCCCUGCUGAGUUACAUGGAGAUGGUUCAUCGUGGCAUCAAAGGAAUUGUGUCUGAUAAGUUUGGCAACCCAAUAAAAAAUGCCCGGAUUUCAGUCAGGGGCAUCAGGCAUGACAUCACCACAGCUGCUGAUGGAGACUACUGGCGACUGCUGCCUCCAGGGACAUACAUGGUGACUGCCCAAGCAGCAGGGUACAGCCGGGUGAUGAAGAAGGUCACCAUCCCUGCCAAGAUGAAACACGCUGGGCGCGUUGACUUUGUGCUGAGGCCCGUUGAGGGCUGGCCCAACAAGCUCCUCCGCCGCUCAAUGGAAGACAACCCCUAUGACCCACUGGAACUUUUUGACCCUCACACCCAACAUGGGCAGCCUGAGGCUCGAGGCAGGUCAUCAGUGGGCAGGGAGAAGCCUUGGUGGUGGUCUUACUUCAGCUCUCUAGACCUGCACAAACCUCUGUGGCUGCUGAAGCAGCGUUGAAUGGCGUCGCGGUGCUCUGCUCACCUGUCUCUGCUACCCUUGCGCCCGACUCCAGAUGUCUUUCUUCACUGCUCUUGGCAAUGUUUCAACCUGUUUCAUCUGCAAACACAAAGUGAAUUCAGGCACACUUUCCCCUUUCAUUCUCUCUUCACAGCUUGCCUAUGGUGGAGUGGUUUCCUGUAUUAAAAGCCAUGCACACCCGUUCA